CCGCUUCAUGAGUCGCGCAAGUCUUCCGAUGCGGACAGUCGAUCCCGUUCUCCCUUACCGCGCUCGCGUGGCAAUUCGCGCAAGGGCUCACGCGCAAAGCGCGAACCAAGCGACAGUCGUAGCCGUCAAAGCGGCGGCCGACGUGCUCGCAGCAACAGCAGCAGCCAGCACGCAAUCUCUGACGCCGGUGACCCCAACCUGAGCACGAGCAUGCCUCAGGGCAGCGCCUUGACCAAGUCACCUCCACAAAGAGCAUCGGCCAAGCGGCGCCAAAACUCUCCCAUCAUGCCUGCCAAGCGUUCCAUCUCAGGCCAGCGCAAGCCCGGCAGUAAUGACAGUGCUAGCGCUACCCUUGAUCCUGCUUCAAUGCAGACGCGGUUUGAGGAGAUGGAGGCAGAACUUCAGCAGUACCGAAAAGUGUUGGCAGCCAAGGAUGACGAAUUGCGUGAUCACCUCUCCUUUUGUCAGCAGACCAUCUGCCAUCUGGUUUCAGAAAAGUCUCGUCAAGAAAAUCGUGCUGCCAGAGACAACUACCUGCGCAACGUGCAGCGUUUGGGUUGGGCUUCAGCCGUGCGCUCAGGCAUGCACGUUCACGAUGUCUGGAAUGAGGGGGCCGCCUUUCGUGAUAUUCGUCAAAAGCAAAAGGCGCUUGACUUGCGCAAAAAGCAGCUUGAAGAGGAAAAACGUGACCUGGCCAAGGUCCGCCCUGUCAAAAACAAAAAGCGCAGCGAAGGCGCAGCCGAUGAUGGCUUUAGCCGUCCCAGCGGUACCGCUCGCAGCCUCAAGUCUCGCCUCUCCGAGCAAGAUUAUGCUGUCAAACUGGAAAUCAUUCAGCUCAACCUAAUCACAAUCAAGACCGAGGAAGAAGGCAUCAAGGCGCAGCUCAACAUGCUGCUGCGCGAGCGCAAUCUUCAUUUGCGCGAGAUGAAGCGCAUUACGGAUGAAGAUAACGCCAAAUAUCGUGAUUUGCCCAACCGGCUAUCGGAGCGCUACUUGCUCUGCUCUUUGUUGGGCAAGGGUGGUUUUAGCGAAGUUUACAAGGCGUAUGAUCUUCGCGAGCACCGCUACGUUGCUUGCAAGGUCCACCAACUCAACUCAAGCUGGUCCGAUGCGAAGAAGCAAAACUACAUCAAGCACGCUACUCGCGAGUAUGAAAUCCACCGCAGUUUGAAGCAUGAAAGCGUUGUGGAAAUGCAUGAUGUGUUCGAGAUUGACGCCAACAGCUUUUGUACAGUACUUGAGUACUGUCCUGGACAAGAUCUUGACUUUUUGCUGAAGCAAGAACACCGGCUGCCCGAGCGCGAUGCCCGUAACAAAAUUGUGCAAAUUGUUAACGCCCUCAAGUAUUUGAACAGCGUCGAGCCCCCCGUCAUCCACUACGAUCUCAAGCCCGCCAACGUGUUGCUUCGUCAUGGCAUGGUCAAGAUUACUGACUUUGGUCUCUCCAAGCAAGUUCGGGACUCGGAUUCGGAUGGCAACGUGGACUUGACUUCGCAAGGCGCUGGUACAUACUGGUAUUUGCCUCCCGAGUGCUUUGUCAUUGGCUCAGCCUUGCCCAAGAUUAGCAGCAAGGUGGACGUUUGGAGCGUUGGCGUCAUCUUCUAUCAGUCCCUGUAUGGGGAGAAGCCCUUUGGCCACAACUUGAGCCAGCAAUCGCUCCUGCAGAACAACGUUAUCUUGAACGCCCGUGAAGUGCGCUUCCCGGAAAAGCCCAAAGUGAGCGAGGAGGCCAAAAACUUUAUUCGCCGCUGUCUGACCUACGACAUGCGAGCGCGCCCAGACGUCUUGACUCUCAGCGAGGACCCUUAUAUGCGCAAGCGCACAUGA